ACUGUUAUUAAUUUAGCAAGAAAUCAUUUUCAGGGGUUUAUUCAAGGAGUUUGCAGGACCAGAAACAUCUUGGAGUAUUUCAAUUUGAAUGACAAUCAAUUGGGAGGCCCAUUGCCUCGAGGUUUGAGAAAUUGCAACAAGCUUAAAUUUCUAGAUCUUGGAAACAAUAGGUUUCAUGAUUCAUUCCCUCAUUGGUUAGAUACUCUUCUUGAUUUGCGUGUUUUUGUGUUGAGAUCUAAUCAUUUUUAUGGUGAAAUAAGCACUUCUAACACUACAUUUCCAUUCCCAAAGCUGCAUAUAUUUGAUAUCUCACACAAUGAGUUUAAUGGUCCUUUGCCAAGGUAUUAUAUGGAAAACUUUGAUGAAAGGUUAUCAUAUUAUGAAACUUCAAUAAGCCUGGUGUGGAAAGGGGUCGAGCGUCAAGUGGUGCAUUAUAAUAUCUGCACAUCCCUUGAUUUAUCCAGUAACUACUUCCACAGUGAGAUUCCAAAAUCUUUGGGAAGGUUAAUUCUCAUCCGGUUUCUCAAUCUCUCACACAAUCAGCACACUGGUUAUAUUCCACCAUCACUGGGAAAUUUGACAAUUCUUGAGGCACUUGAUCUAUCAUCGAACAAACUAGUGGACGAGAUUCCAGGACAACUUUCAAGAUCCUUAACAUUUCUUGCAGUACUGAAUCUUUAUUAUAAUAAUCUUUCUGGUCGUAUACCUAAUGGCCCAAAGUUUGAAACCUUUGGCAACAAUUCCUAUUUAGGAAACACGACUCUGUGUGGAUUUCCACUAACUUUGAAAUGCGAGGACAGAGGUGAAGGGAAAGCACCAGUUGUGGAGGAUUUAGAAAAUUUUUGGAGUGGAUUUGGUUGGCGAAGUGUUGUUAUUGGAUACAGUUGUGGCAUGCCAUCCAUUUGGUAUUUUCAUAGGAUAGCUCAUAUUCAAGUAUGGAAAACCACGAUGGCUUAUAUGUCUAAUACUUGGGAAUUGAUAAUGGAGUGCAAGAGUCAAGAGGAUGGUGAGAUGAAUUGAAGCAAUGCAGCAGUCUUAGCGUGUGGUAUGUUGUGGUUUUCUGUCUGUUUUUACAGUUUUGUUGUUUUCAUUUUCAUGCCAUAGGUGUGUGAUUGUUGUAGUGUUUGGUUUGUAAUUCUUCUCAUUUUGAAUGAAAUGCAAUAAAUUAUUACUUUGUA